AUGACUCCUCUUCUCUCCGCCGCGUGCCUGCUGCUCCUCGCCGUCUCGCGCUCCUGUCUGUGCCGUGACGGCUCUUCCUCCUCCUCCUCCUCCUCCUCCUCCUUCGUGCCCCCGUUCGCGGACUGCGCUCACAGCAGAGGGAGGGCCGGACACUACCGGGGCUCCAUCGACGUUACCGAGUCUGGCGCGAGGUGCAUGAACUGGACCGAGGUGUCCGGCGUGUCCGCGCGCUAUCCGGGCAGAGGGCUCGGAGAGCACAACUACUGCCGGAACCCGGACGGCAGGAUACGGCCGUGGUGCUUCUUCAGGAACGGACGGGGACGCAUCGACUGGGGCUACUGCGACUGCAAACAAGGCUCGGUGCGACUGCAGGGCGGAAGGUCUAAGCUUGAUGGAACAGUUGAGGUGUAUUUGAAUGGCGUGUGGGGGACGAUCUGUAGCAACGACUGGGAUGAUAGAGACGCCGCUGUGGUGUGUCGACAGCUUGGACAAGGUUAUAAGGCCCGUGCGCGUGUCAGCUCUCUCGUGAGGCUGCCUGUGUCUGUGGUGCACUGGAGGACAGUAGGGUGCAGGGGAGAUGAAGGGGACUUGCUGCAGUGCUCUCGCUCUGUUUGGAAUGGAGGAGAGUGUGCUAACAGACAGGCUGCUGCAGUCACCUGCACACCAGUGGAGGCUGCAGUGUUUGUUCCGGUGCGUCUCUCUGGCGGAACGUCUGUGUAUGAAGGCCGUGUGGAAGUGUAUCACGCAGGGCAGUGGGGCACGGUAUGCGAUGACCAGUGGGAUGAUAACGACGCAGAGGUGGUCUGCAGACAGCUGGGACUUGGUGGUACAGCUCGAGCGUGGGUGAGGGCGUAUUUUGGCUCUGGUGUUGGUCGUAUGCUGCUGGAUGAAGUGAGCUGUACAGGAAAUGAGCUCUCUAUAGAGCAGUGUCCUAAAUCAGCCUGGGGGGAACACAACUGUGACCAUACAGAGGACGCUGGAGUCUCCUGUAUUCCCCUCACAGAUGGUUCAGUGCGGUUGGUGGGUGGAGCUGGUGGUUUUGAGGGCCGGCUGGAAGUUCACUACAGAGGCCAGUGGGGCACUGUGUGUGAUGAUGGCUGGACUGCCACCAACACGCAGGUCGUUUGUAGACAAAUGGGCUACAGGUCUGGACAGAGUGUAAGCCCAGAACAUUUUGGAGCACCGUCAGGGCCAAUCCUGCUGGACAAUGUGAGCUGCACAGGGAAAGAGCCCACGCUCACACACUGCAGCAGAACAGACUGGCUCAGACACGACUGCACACACGCGGAGGACGUGGCAAUAGCGUGCAGCCCUCAGCGCACCGGACACGGAGUCCCUACUAGUGUGCCCGUGCGGCUGGUGGGCGGAGAGAAUGAGAGAGAGGGGCGGGUGGAAAUCCUGGUCGCUGGCCAGUGGGGGACGAUCUGUGAUGAUGGAUGGACAGACCAGGAUGCGGAGGUGGUGUGCAGACAGCUGGGCUACAGUGGACUGGCCAAAGCUCGGGUCAUGGCGUAUUUUGGAGAAGGGGAGGGGCCUAUUCAUGUUGAUAAUGUGAAGUGCACUGGUAGCGAACGCUCACUGGCUGAUUGCAUCAAACAGCCGUUCGGAACCCAUAACUGUCGCCAUAGCGAAGAUGCUGGGGUAAUCUGUAACUAUGGGCAACUGGACAACUCUGCUGGGGUCAAAGAGGUAGCGAGCUCUGUGUGUGGUCUGAGGCCUGCACACACUCGUCAGAAGAGGAUCAUUGGUGGAGAAAACUCUCUACGGGGGGGCUGGCCGUGGCAGGCUGCCGUACGUCUGCGUGGGUCUCAGGCGGAUGGACGUUUGGUGUGUGGAGCCACUCUGAUCAACAGCUGCUGGGUCCUAACAUCCGCGCACUGCUUUAAGAGAUAUGGGAACAGUACCAGGAUGUAUAAGGUGCGAGUUGGAGACCACCACACGCUGGUCCCUGAAGAAAAUGAGGAAGAGUAUGGCGUGGACAGAAUCAUCCUACACCCACACUACCACCCCCAUAGCAACGACUACGAUCUGGCUCUGGUGCGUCUUGUGCGGCACGGAGGCUCCGGGGGUCCUGGGGGCCACGGUGGGGAGUGUGUGCGGCAGAGUCGCUCUGUGCUUCCUGUGUGUUUACCUGCACGGAGAGAGAGAGUGCCCAAAGGCUCGGCCAACUGCUUCAUCACCGGCUGGGGAGACACAGGCCGAGCAUACUCCAAAACCCUGCAGCAAGCGCCCAUCACCGUCCUGAGCAAACGACAGUGCGCGCGCCGCUAUGCUGGUCAGUUCACCAGCCGUAUGCUGUGUGCUGGCGCGGCUUUAGAUGAGCGCCGCGUGGACAGUUGCCGGGGUGACAGCGGGGGUCCGCUGGUGUGCGAGCGAGGGAGUGGUAGCUGGGUCUUGUACGGAGUCACGUCCUGGGGUCACUCGUGUCGACUGCAAGACGCUCCAGGCGUAUACACCAAAGUCUCCGCCUUUCUGCCCUGGAUCAAUAAGGUCACCAGCCAAUAGGGUGCAAGGAUUACCUGAGAAGCACGGCAGUGUUACUACUGACCAUAAGUAACUUUGUGCUGUGGUCAGAGAAAGUGAUGAAAAUGAUCAAAGCUUGACUGUGAUGAAAGGACUUUAUGGAAAAUGGUGCUUAUAACAAUGUUUUAACUCUGUUAGUUUUUAGGUGGUGCUCAGAUGUGAUGAACACAGCCUAAAUGUCCUCUUCCUUUCUUAAAGGAAUAGCCUGACCAAGCAUGCUAAUGUAGCUAACAAUGAAUGGAGGCUUGUUAGCGUGAUGUCAUUUGUAUGAUGCUAAUUGGUGAGUAUUCGCUUUCUUUCAAUUGCAGUGUUGGCCUUGUUGACUAAACGACUCCUUUAACGUUAUCUUUCGUUUAACUGCUAGCACUUCUGGGUUGUAGGGACCACUACGAAAAUAUGAAAUGGUGUAAAGUUUUAUGAAAAGGUACUUUUAUUCAUAGUUUCAAACAGAUCAAGAAGAUACCAUCGGCAGUUGACGGGACGAAGUCAUUUCCAGCAUUUUUGAACAGAAAAAGUACUGGAACGUUUUUCAGUAUCCCUCUCUCCAGGGAUUCAGUUGCCAUGUAGUUGCUAAUAAAUGGAUGACCUCACCUUACCGGCAACCUCUGCGAAAUCAUAAACUCUCCCCAGGAAAGAUGACAUCAUGUGUAGCUCUUGAGCUAUGUGUGAUGAGCUAAGGAUUCUGGGGGACUCACGGGGAGGGGGUUUGAUUCAUCUUGACAUAAGGUGGGGAAAAGUCCUGUACUUUACAAAAUGUAUGUCCUUGUGUAUCGACUCCAACUCACAGUUUGCACUAAAUUCUCGUUUGCCUGUAGACUUUGGAGCGUCUGGGCGAUGUAGGAGAACUGAGCACAAAACAGGUGUGAGUUAAAUGUAGACCUCUUUGUUUUAUUGAAAUAGUGGUGUGUAAAAUUAUUCACAAAGGCCUCAGUUGUUUUUUGCACCCAAAUUAUUCAAAACCAACUAAAUGGCCCAAUCUGUUUUAUUUUCUCUGUUUAAACUGUGUAAAUGAAGCAGAUGUGCAUCAGUGCAGAUUCUAAUCUAAAUCUCCAAAUGAAAUGAUUAAUGACACCCAAUGAUACUGAUGAUCACCCAACACAAGCACUGUCCAUAUUGUUGGGCAAAUAUAUCCUGUAUUCAGUUUACUUUGGUUGCAAACAUUGAAAAAAGAAAAGAAUAAUGUUGAGAAAUAUACAAUAAAAUGAAGUAAAUAAAGCAUUUUUACUUUCAUAGAAAAAUAGACUUAACAAACCGUUAUUUAAAUCUAAUAUAUAUACACAGUUGAGUCACAUUAUUAUGGAAGGCACUCUCAACUGAUUUGUGUAUGAAUCCAUCCUUGCCGAUCACGUACAUCCAUACAUGCCAAUUGUCUUCCCUGGGGCGGAUGGGAUCUUCCAGCAAGACAAUGGGACAAUGUCACACGGCUAGAAAUGUACGACAUUGGUUGGAAGAGCAUGGCCAAGACUUCCAAGUACUACCCUGGCCCCCUAAUUCCCCAGACUUGAACCCAAUUGAGCAUCUGUGGGACCACCUCGAUCGUCGUGUUCGCUCUAUGGAUCCUCCCCCACGCACCCUCCAGCAGCUGGGGGAUGCACUGCAGUCAGCAGUCCCAGCCUGUCUAGCUGCUGUUACACAGGGGUUACUCUGGAUAUUAGCUGGUGG